AUGGUUGUGGAGGGGCUGAUGACCUACGACGGUUUUGUCGGGAAGAAAGAUGCCGACAGCGUAGCCAUUGACGUGUUGGGGGAAGAAUCCGAAGGCGAAAACGCCGGAGGGGGAAAGCCAGGAGGAGUUGGAGGUGGGUGUGACUGUGUGAGGGAAGAGCCUAAGGUGAUGUUGGAUGAUCUUGUUUGGGCUUCUGCUGCUGUAGAAACGAGGAGGAGAAACAAGAUUGUGUGGUUGGACAUUGCUGUUUUUCUGAGUAUUGAUUCAAUCGUUCUGGACAUGGAAUCUGAAACGCCAUCUACUUCAUAUCUAGAUAAUCAAUCAUCCCCCGAUGACAUUCUUAACAAUACAGAAUGCCCUAUAGAGCUUAAACCUUUUGUUGGUCGUAGCUUCCCUACUUUGGAAAAUGCCAUUGAGUUUUACGAGAACUAUGAGAAGCUGUUGACUGAAUUGAUGGGCGGAUAUGAGUCUGUUGGGUGUACUCUGUUGGGCAUCUGUAACUACACAUGGGACAUCAGAAGAUACGCUGAAGGAUAUGACGCCCAAAUGAUAAUAGACGAGAUGAAGAAGAAGAAGGAAAGUUGUGACGCCUUCACGUACGAGUAUGAGAAUAAUUUCAUGCAAUUUGGUGACAUUGUCUCGUUUGACACUACCUACUCAAUGAAUAGUUACUCUAUGAUAUUUGCUCCAUUCACUGGGAAGGACGACCAUGGGCGUGCGGUGUCCUUUGGAGCUGUUUGUCAAGUACAUGGUACUGCUCCUAAGUUGAUUAUUACUGAUCAAGACUUGGGAAUGAAAGUAGCUGUUGAAAAUGUUCUUGUGGAUACAAGUCAUAGAUGGUGCAUGUGGCACAUCAUGGCUAAAGUAGCUGAAAAGGUACCUAAAUCACUACUUGGUAAUUCUGAUUUUAAAAAGGAUUUGAAUUCGUGUGUUUGGUCCGAGUUAAUUGAACCCACCGAGUUUGAAGACAAAUGGAACACUGUCAUGGAGUCAUAUGAACUUGAAGACGCAGACUGGUUUGUUUCUAUGUUCGAAUCUAGAGAGUUCUGGGUUCCGGCAUACUUUAGGGACUUUCCUAACAGUUAUCUGAUAAAGAAAACAUCUGUUUCUGAAUCUCAGAACAGUUUUUUUAAGAGGUAUACUCAGUCCGAGGCUAACCUUGUUAUGUUUUUAAUAAACUUCAACAAUGCUGCUGAUGCCCAACGCAACCAAUCCGCAAAAGACGUGAAUACUACCGCAAAGAUGAUACAGAGUGGUCUGUUGAGAAGCAUGCAUCAACAAUAUUCAGACUAUGCAUUCAAGGAAAUACACGAACAGAUACUGGAGGCGUAUUACCAUUGCAGCCUUAUAUCUAUAUCAAAUGAAUCAAGUCCCGAGCUUUACAAGGUAUUAGAUCAUUAUUCAAACACAUGGGAUGUAACAUUCUCCGUGGAGGAUUCUUUGUUCCAUUGUGGAUGUAAGAUGUUUUCUAUGAUCGGUCUUGUAUGCUGCCACAUCCUUCAUGUGUUGAAGAACAAAAAGAUGCGCUUGAUUCCGAAGAAUCGGAUUGGAGGUAGAUGGUUGAAAUCUCCUCUAGUUAAGGUUGUGCAUGCUGUCCAAUUCGAAGAUGUAGCAACGCAUGGUUAUGAUGAUGACAAGAAAAAGGCGCAAGCAAUUUUAUUGGGAGAGAUGUUGGAGUUGCACCAUGCUGUUUCUGUCAAUAUUGAUCAAAUGCAUGAGCUUACAUCUAUAGUUCAUGAAGCAAGGCAUCAGAUUUUCGACGGCGGAGUAGUAACGUCUACAGCACAGAAGAAGAUGCUUAUUGAAGAAUUUUAUGGGGCAGAGGCACCCCUAGAAGUAGAUGUUCAACCACCUGAAGUCGUCAGCACAAAGGGAUCUGGUAGUAGAGUCCCCUCAAGAGUGGAGAAGGCUUUGAAGCUUAAGAGCAAGCCUUUGCGUCAAUGCAAGAAAUGUCAGGAGUGGGGUCACCACGAUUCAAGGAACUGCGACAAAUUAAAAGAGAAAGAAAAACAGCGCUCGAGAAGAAAUUCUAAAGUUUGA